AUGGGAGGAUCGCAGAAAUCAAAAAGGAUUACUUGGGCUUCCGAUGUUAAUCUUUGUCAGGUAAGGUUGUUUUUGUCCGACGAAUCUCCUUCACAAGUUGGAUUGGUGGGAUCUCAAGACCAUCUGCAGGCGAAGACAUUAUGGUCUGUGCACUCAGGCGGUACAGGAUCAGAUGACAAUUUGCCUCCAGGCUUUGAAGGAAUCCAGACAUCAAAUCUUUGGAGAAAUAAGUUGGCCCAAAUACCUCUUAUCAAAUGGAGAUGCCCUCCCAGAUUUGUACUAGAUGUUACUUGGCAAGUGGUUGCUGGGGAAGAAGGCAAAGAAAUGGAAGCUCAAGACCAACGGGAGAUGAGAGUGCUUGAAGCUAUUUAUCCACGUUCUUCUUCUAUCCCGCCAAACCCAUCUGUGCCAGCGGGUGAGGAAAACUCAUUUCCCUAUGACCAACACACCCCUCGGAUUCCAAUAACUCCUAUUGAAGAUGAGGAUGCAGCACUAGAUGCAUCAUCCGUUGAUUCCAUGGCAGAAAAUACUGUUCCAAUAGUCUCACAGCCCCAGCUAUUGGCCCCAGCAACUUUCUCAUCUCAGGGCAAUGCCAAUGCCAAUACCCAUCCUCAUCCCGGAUUCUCAGCAACGGCUGUUGAGCCUGAUAUUGUAGCGGCUGCACAAGCUGCCUUGACUGCGGUUAUGUCAAGCAGCGAUCAGAAGGAUUUUAUUGAUCAUAACUUGCUGAUAAAACUUCUCAGUGACCCAAAAAUGAUCGAGCAACUCGUCACCAAUCAUGGGGCAGCAUCCAGCACACAGAAUCUGCCGUCCUGCUUGCAGAAUUCACGAGCUGUUGGUCCCCAUAAUAUAUCACCAUCAAGUACACAAAGUAUGCCACCAGUCAGCUUGCAUAACAGGCCAUCUCCUGGCCCGCCAAAUAUGCUCGACUUGAGGUCUGCAGCCAAGAGUUUAUGUGAUCCACUUCCAGCCGUCAAUAAAGGAGAUCUGCCUUCUGCUUACAUUACCAGACUGGAACUUCUUUCACCAUCUACAGCUUCACCAAGCAGACCUUUCUAUAAUCCUUCAAGUAUGAUGGGACCCGUUCCCAGUCUCCCGUUGUCCGUAGCUGAUGUUUCUUCAGCCGCACCUUCUCCCUCCAUGGGAACUCCUAUAACAAAGGACAUAAACUAUUACAAGAGUCUGAUUCAGCAACAUGGAGGAGAAAGACAAGAAAUUUUGCCCCAUUUUGGUAGUCAGACAAUUCAAGAACCUAUAAAUACUAUGAAGUCGAAAGACUCAAAAUCAAAGAUAAUGAAGCCUUGCAUGUUUUUCAAUAGUCCAAGGGGUUGCAGGAAUGGGGUAAGCUGUACAUUUCUGCAUGAUACAUCAUCGCAGCAGAGAGUCACUAAUAAUCCAGAGGUCCAAAGUGCAAAAAGAAUGAAAAUGGAUAGAGAAAUUACUGGUACAUAA